AUGUUCAUUCGGGAAUGGCGAUCGGCAUUAGUGGUGAAGGCGUUGGGAAGAUCGGUUUCUUAUACACUAAUGGCCAAUCGGUUGACGUCCAUAUGGGCUAAAGUGGGUACGAUACAAGUUACCUCGGUAAAGAAUGGGUAUUUUUUGGUACGUUUUACCAGCGGUGUGGAUUAUGAAAGAGCGUUUACAGGUGGGCCAUGGAUGGUGGGCGAUAACUACUUAACAGUUCAUCCAUGGACGGAAGAUUUUAACCCGUAUGAACAUGAGAUAUCAUCAACGAUGGUGUGGGCGCGUUUGCUUGAGAUUCCGAUUCAGUAUUUCCACCCAGUAGCAGUGAUGAAGAUUGGACAACGUAUCGGGAAGCCAUUGAGAGUGGAUCACGCAACCAGUACGGGUGCUCGAAGUGAUUAUGCUAGGGUGUGUGUCCAGGUUGAUCUGACCAAACCUCUACUCUCUAUGUUCAGGCUGCAUGGGAAGAAGUAUUUUGUUCAAUAUGAGGGGCUGGACAGGAUUUGUCUACAAUGUGGCACGUACAGGGAAAGAGGGCAAUGCUCAUGCAUGCACGUCACGACGGAAAUGGAGACUGAGGAUGUUGUGCCGAGCAAGGAUCAAGAAACAAAAGAGCCGGAGACGACUUAUGGUGACUGGAUGAUAGCAAAAAAGCGACCUCGAAGGAAGGACCUGGCCAAUCGAGCUAAUGUACCGAGUACGCGCAAAGGAAAUAAUGCUGAAGCUGGGAGCCCGACAGGUGGCUCUAGAUAUAAUGUGCUGAUUGUUGAAGAAAGUGAAGAAGUGAAUACAGGGAGUGAACCCCAACGGACUGACCUUCCUAAGGUUACUUCAGAGAGAAUUUAUGGUGUUCAUACCGCGAAAAAGAAGAGGAAAGAAGUCAGCAGGGAGGAAGUAGAGGGGGACAAGCUGAUGGGUAAUAAACCGGCGAGAGUAUCCACGAUGGCCUCUCCAGCUGAUGUCCGAUCGACAAAGGCUAAAGGCAACUCCGCAGUCCGGGCGAGCAACAAUCCCGUCCCAGAGGAGGUGUCAUUGCAACCGACGGAACUAGACCAAAGUUCAACCGAUCAAUGUAUGGUGGCAUCCAGAGGGAACCAUCAAACUCGUCCCCCAGACCAGCAGCCUCUUGGGAAGGGGAGAUCAGAAGGGUCAGCAACUGUGAUGGACCUUGAGAAAAUGAAGGGAUGCCUCAGCAAUGAGGCCCCCUCGAGUUAA